CAUGAAAGAGCGCGAGAAUGAAGAAAGGAGGGAUGCUUGUGUUUCUGACAAUAUUGAGCUAAAAUUUCAAGAAAUGGAAUAUAAGGAGAUAGUAAAUAUUCAGAAGAAUACUAGUGAUGGAGAUAAUGGGGAGAAAAAGGUUGCCUCCAUCAAAAUUGAUAAAAUAAAGAGCGGUAUGACAGAAAAUAACGAAGUCAGAGUAGAGAUCCUCACAUCAACUGGGAACAAAGAUGAAGUUGACAGUGAUGCAUCAACAAGUGAGACAGGAUUAAUACAACCAAUUUCGGGAAGUAUCAACAUGCUUGCAGCUGUUGAAGAAAGAUGUGAAGAAUCUGUAGCAAGUGAUGUUUCAACAUGUUUUAAAGAUGAUGAAGAUGACAUUUGUCCUUCAUCGGAUGAUGACGAUUCGAAUGAAUCGUUUGAAAUUGAAGAUGAUGAAAUGGUCAUUUCAGACAACAGUGCAGAGGAUAUAAUGAUUGAUACCAGUCAAUCAAAUGAAAGUACAGGAAAUGAUGAAGAACUUACAGUGAACAUCAAAGAAGACAAAAUUGAAAAACAUUGUUUACAAGCGAACAACAUUUCUAUCUCUUCUAAUAAUGAUGAAGUUGACAUUUGUCCUUCAUCGAAUGAUGACGAUUUGAAUGAAUCGUUUGAAAUUGAAGAUGAUGAAAUGGUCAUUCCAGACAACAGUGCGGAGGAUAAAAAGAUUGACAUCUGUCAAUCAAUUGAAAGUAAAUAUUUUUGACUUAGCUACUAUGAACAACCAAACCUUUAUGUUCUUACUUAAACAAUUAAUCUUACAUUAAGAUUUAAACGAAUUCCACGAAUUACAGAUA